AUGGCUGGGGGAAUUAAGGACAAAAUCAAGAAACGCGAGCGCUUUUUUGCGGCUCUGCGUCGGCAUAUGCAGUUUCUGGAGGGUUAUAAUCCGGACACACAGUAUGGGCACGUUCAGUCAAGGCUGGACAAGUUAGAGGUAUCUUGGGAAGAAUUCAACGAGCUGCAAGAAGAAAUUUGCGAGUUGGAUAACGAGGGUGAGCUUGAGCAGGAUACGAAUAAUGCGUACGCAGUAUUCGAAAAUCAGUACUACGAGAUUAGGGCUGCGUUACUGGAGAAAUUGACACCGGUCCCAGAGGUACCAAACUUGGACAACUCGAUGCGUAACAACAGCGCGUUGGGAAUGCAUACAGGGGUUCGUCUUCCUCAAAUCUCGUUGCCACAGUUUGACGGAGACUAUAAAGGAUGGCUUUCCUUCAAGUCGACAUUCGUUUCGCUCAUUCACGAAUCCCAUGAACUCGGAGACGUGCAGAAAUUUCACUAUCUGAAAUCUGCUCUGAAGGGGGAGGCAGCGAAGCUGAUCGAGUCUCUCACGAUCACCAACGACAACUACGCCAUAGCAUGGAAUACCAUAUCAAAGCGCUACUCGAAUGAGUACCUGCUGAAGAAGCGUCAUCUUCAGGCGCUCAUGGAAUUCCCGCGGAUUGACAGGGAAUCUGCGGUACGGAUACAUGGACUGGUGGACGAAUUCGAUCAGCGACUGAAGAUUUUGAAGCAGCUUGGCGAGAAGACGGAACACUGGGGAGCGAUGAUAGUCCAUUGGAUGUGCUCGAAGCUGGACAUGCACACCCUUCAACUGUGGGAGGAUCACGCAGCAUCAUUAAGGGAUCCAACGUUUACAGCGUUGGUAGAUUUCUUGGAGAAGCGAACAAGAGUGUUGGAUGCGGUGCAGUCCAACAGCAGCAAGGUCAAUGGUAUUCAACCGAAGGCGCCCAUUAAGCGAGAGCGGUUGGCGGUACAUGCGUCCAUGGAGAGCGGAAGGAGUGAUCCCAUGUGUCAGUGUUGCGGCGAGCAACAUUAUCUGGUACGGUGUGCCAAAUUCCAGAAUUUUGGACUGAAAGAGAAACUGGACUUCGUCAACAGCAAACGGUUAUGCAGCAACUGCUUCAAGUCCGGUCACUGGGUGCGUGACUGCAACUCCAAGUUCAGUUGUAAGACAUGCGGGAAAAAGCACAACUCUCUCAUACAUCCGGGAUUCCAACCUAGUAGCGGAAGCAGCGAUAACAACACCUCCGAAGGCAACGGUCCAGCGAAUGGUUCGAGGAAAAGGAGCGACGUAGCGAGGUCGCACGUUGCGGCGGAAAUAACGGAAGAAGAUCAAAGCGAGGCAGCAGCAGGACCGUCUAGAGGAGCGUAUAGUGUGGGAACUAAGCAGGGUAGUUUGGGUUCGAGCGUAUUUCUUUCUACGGUGGUUGUGACGAUACGGGAUGUGAGUGGUGGUAAGCAGUUGGCUCGAGCGUUGCUGGAUAGCGGGUCUCAGGUCAACGUGAUGAGCGAGCGACUGUGCCAAAUGCUGAAACUUAGGCGGCGGUCGAUAUGCGUUCCUAUAACUGGUGUUGGUCAAUCGGAAUCAACGGCGAAACACGCGGUCAGUGCAACGAUUAGUUCCAGAGUCAACGAAUUCUCGGUUGGAUUGGAUUUCCUUGUUCUGCAGCGAGUGACUUCUGAGCUACCAUCGGUAACGGUUCCAAUUUCGCAUUGGAAGAUUCCAAAUGACCUUCCGCUGGCGGAUCCUCAAUUCAAUAUCAGCGGACGCAUCGAUUUGCUGCUGGGGGCUGAUCAUUUCUUCAGGUUCCUCUACGAGAGGGAGAUGAAACGAGUCGUUUUGGGUCCCGAACUACCAAUACUCAUGGAUUCCGUGUUCGGGUGGAUUGUAUCCGGCAGAGAUUCGAGUCUGCAGCAAAGGAGAUCUGUUCGAUGCUGUACAGUGACUACCUCCGGAAAUCUAGAGGAGCUUCUGGAAAGGUUUUGGAAGGUGGAUAGCUGCGAUGACCAACCAGCCUGGUCUAAGGAAGAGCAGGACUGCGAGGAAGACUUCAAGCGUACGCACUCAAGGGACGAGGAUGGACGAUAUGUGGUUCAACUUCCUAAACAUCCCAACUACUUCAUAAUGCUGGGUGAUUCUAGGAAGAUGGCAUUGAACCGGUAUGAAAAGUUGGAGAACCGAUUGAGAGCGAACCCGAACUCGGAGGAGCAGUAUCAUGCCUUUAUGAAGGAGUACUUGGAGAUGGGACAUAUGCGCAGGAUUACGGAGGACGAACUGCUCGUAGAUUCCAACGGAACGGAUCAUCGAAAAAUUUUCUAUUUACCGCACCACGCGGUACUGAAGGAAGCGAGCACAACUACUAAGGUUCGCGUCGUAUUCGAUGCUUCAGCGCGAACAGACAGUGGCUACUCCCUCAACGACGUCUUGUUGAAGGGACCGGUUAUUCAGGACGAUCUUCUCAACCUCCUGAUACGUUUCCGCAAGCAUGAAGUGGCGCUUGUGGGAGACGUGGAGAAAAUGUACAGGCAAGUGUAUCAUGACCCAAAGGAUCCUCUUCGACUCAGAAUAUUCUUUCGUUUCUCGAAGGACAGCCCGAUCGAGGUUUACGAGUUGCUUACGGUCACCUUCGGAUUAAAACCGUCGUCAUUUCUGGCGACGCGGGCCUUGAAACAGCUUGCGAUGGACGAAGGAACGGUCGGAUCUCCCGCUAGGUCAGCAUUGGAAGAGGACAUUUACAUUGACGAUUACAUCGGAGGGGCUGCAAGCGUUGCCGAAGCAAUCGCUCAACGGGAACAACUAUCGGCAUUGAUGGCCAAAGGAGGUUUUCCAAUACGGAAAUGGUGUUCAAACCGGUCGGAAGUUUUGGCUGGUAUUCCUGAGAACCUGUUAGGAACUAGCCUAUCGGUAACGUUUGAAUUGAGUCCCGAAGAAAGGAUCAAAACAUUAGGUAUUACGUGGGAACCGAGAGCGGACCAGCUGCGGUUCCUGUUCAAUAUUGAAGAAGGUGAAGGUGAUUGGACCAAAAGGAGCAUUUUGUCAGCAAUCGCACGACUAUUCGACCCCCUCGGAAUAAUAUCACCAAUAGUGGUGACAGCAAAAAUCAUUAUGCAGGAGCUGUCGCUGCUGAAAACCGGAUGGGACGCCCCAGUCCCGGAACAAUUGGAGCAGAAAUGGAAGGAGUUUUAUCGCCAGUUAUCGAAGCUGGCUGAAUUCAGCAUCCCUAGAUUCGCCUUCGUAGCAAAAUACGUCGACGUACAGCUUCACUGCUUCGGUGACGCUUCGGACCGAGCGUAUGGAGCUUGUAUAUACGUUCGCUCUGCUGAUCAACAAGGGAACAUACGAAUCGAACUUCUAUCGUCGAAAUCUCGAGUCGCACCACAAAAGCGCUUGACAAUUCCCCGAUUGGAGUUAUGUGCAGCAAGAGAGGCUGCACGUCUCUACCAGACCGUCGUCAAAGCCUUAUCUAUGGAUGGCGUACGGUCAUUCUUCUGGUCGGACUCCACAGUCGUUUUAGACUGGUUGAAAUCUCCACCAAACACGUGGCAAACGUUCGUUGCAAACCGCGUUUCCACCAUUCAGAGUGCAACUCAUGGACAUCCUUGGCAGCACGUGGCGGGUAAGGAAAACCCCGCUGAUUUAGUUUCCCGAGGAGUACCUGUUGAGGAUUUCCUGAGCAGCGACCUCUGGAAAAGUGGACCUUCAUGGUUAAAGGAGACACCAUCCAAAUGGCUGAACGAAUCUCCCGAACCCAUUCCGAAUGGUGUAGAUAUGGAACGCCGUAUCGUGGUGCAAGCAAAUACAGUAGCUGGAGAGCCGAACUUUGUAUUCUCGCUUCGAUCGUCACUACUUCCGCUAGUCAGAGUGGUUGCUCGCUGCUUACGAUUUGCAGCCAACUGCCGGCCAUCGAACCAGCGUAACGUUCAGGUAUUUCUGACUGCCCAGGAGAUCAACGUCGCUAAAAUGUUAUUAGUGCGAUUAGCCCAGGAGGAAUGUUUCUCCGAAGAAAUAAAAUCGUUGAAGAAGAGCUAUCAAGUCCCUACCAAAUCGCCGUUGAAACUUCUUCGACCAUUUCUGGACAAGGAUGGCAUCAUCCGAGUAGGUGGUCGUCUUCGUCACUCGCUUGAAGAGUACUCAACACGACAUCCUGCGGUUCUUCCACAAGCGCAUGCAUUGACCCGCAUGCUAGUUGAGCAUCAUCAUCAGCAAAUUCACCAUGGAGGACAUCAGGCCACGCUCGCUGUAUUGAGGCAGGAGUUCUGGCCAAUCCAUGGGAAAAGAACUGUGACAUCCGUUCUUCGAAAGUGUCAUAGAUGCUUUCGCUUCAACCCGAGGCCGAUUCAGCAACCUAUGGGACAACUUCCGUCCGCCCGAGUCCGCCCCGCUCGACCUUUUCUAAUAACCGGCGUCGACUACUGCGGGCCCUUCUAUUUGAAACCGUCCCACCGACGAGGAGCCCCACCGAAGGUGUAUAUCGCAGUUUUCAUCUGUUUCACGACGAAAGCUAUACAUCUAGAGCUCGCCCUCGACCUCUCUUCGUCUGGAUUCAUUUCGGCACUUCGCAGAUUCGUUGGGCACCACGGUAUCCCAAGCGAAAUUCAUUGCGAUAACGCCACGAAUUUUCAAGGUGCCAAGCACGAGCUGUAUGAGCUUUAUAAAACGCUGAGCAGUAAAUCCGGACAGCAAGAAAUAGGAUCUGAGUUGUCACAACAAGGAAUAUCGUGGCACUUCAUUCCUCCACGGGCUCCCAAUUUCGGAGGUCUCUGGGAAGCCGCAGUGCGCUCUGCCAAGACUGCCCUGAAGAAGGAAGUCGGAUCCCACCAGCUCACGUUCGAGAAUUUCUGCACCCUGCUCGUACAAAUCUCAGCCGCCCUCAAUUCAAGACCUCUAGCCCCAUUGUCCGAUGACCCGUUGGAUAUCGAUGCCCUCACCCCAGCCCAUUUUUUGAUCGGGACUUCCAUGAAGGCACUCCCCGACCCCGAUUUUACAGCCAUACCCUCAAACCGCCUAACCCACUAUCAGCAACGGCAGCAGAUGUUCCAAAGGUACUGGCAACGCUGGAGUCGAGAGUACCUUACUGGGCUUCAACAAUCAACCAAGAAUCUCCAACCAAGCCCCAUUCGCAUCGGUAGCAUCGUAGUACUCCGAGAAGAUAACAUGCCGCCGCUUCAAUGGCCCUUGGCGAGGAUCAUCGAGGUUCAUCCUGGCGCUGAUGGAACCGUCCGGGUAGUAACGAUUCGGACAUCUAAAGGGACAUACAAGCGGCCAGUCAAUCGAAUCUGCCCUCUACCCAGCGAUGCAGACAAGGAUGACACAGAAGAUUAG